AUGGAGGUGGAGAUGGAGAUGGAGAUGGAGAUGGAGAUGGAGAUGGAGGUGGAGAUGGAGGGAAUGAUGGCGGUGAAGACUAAAGAGAUGAGAGAUUCACAUGGAGAUUGCUGUGGUGACGAUGAUGGGAUGACCUUGGCGUAUCAGAUAAGGAGUCUAGCUCUGCUGCGGCUGCCGCGAACUCUGUUGCUGCUGCUGUUGGUUGUGAGAGUACCAGGGCUAAAAGCGCCGGAGGAUGUGAACGCCAAGGACACGAGCGAGACUUUGGAAGAUUGGAGAGCAGGAGAGCAUGUGAGUGCUGCUAUUCGCCAUUACGGCAGCAGGAUUCGCAGCAGCAACGCCUCAGCGAACGACUUCCAUCACCUGGUCUCUGCUCUUCGCUUUGCUGGAAGGAUUGAGGAGAGUGCAAACAUCCUGAAGGCCGGGAUGGAGACCGUGCCAGGCUUUGCUACGUUGCAAAACCUGCUGCUUCUGGGUAGUUUGCUUCGCUUGCAAGACAGGCAUCCUACCUCCCUGUCUCGCUGGUUCUCACGACCUGGCAGGCAGGACGAAGCGUGCGAGGCCUUCCAGCACGCGAUCCUGUCUCAUCCUCGGGAGGGAAAGUUGUACUUGCAGCUGGCGAUGACGAUGGGCUCGUCCCUGCUCUCUCACUCCUCCUUUCCUCCUCCGUUCUCUUUAUCUCGACAUUCUCUCCUCUCGGUCGCUCGCUUGUGUCAGACUGCCACGCGACUCUCAGAGUGGACGGAGGAGACGAGGAUGCAGUCUCUCAUGCUCUCUGUCGCUCUCCUCCGAACCCUCCACGACUCGCGAGCUCCGCCUCUCCUUCGCCGCAUCCUUCGAAUGGAUGCGACGGCAUGGCAUCGCUACGAACAGCACGUGAUGGCAACAGGGGAGGAGGACGAUGCGAGGGACGAAGGCAGAGGCGAGGAAGAGUUGCGAGCUCAACGACUGCUGGACUCUACCUGGAACGACUUGCAACAUCCGCGCGACUGCUCUAAGAAGCGAAAAGUUCUCUUCAAGCUGGAAGGAAACAUCUUCGGGCUGGGAGCUCAGCUUCACCUUCUCACUCUCGUUGCAAGUUACGCAUGGAGGUCAGGGGAAGGAGGGGGAUGA